ACAAGACAGACUAAACGAGCAGGAAGGAGUUCCGAGCGUGUUUAACCCACCACCUGCCAGACCCUUACAGGUCAACACAGGAGACCACAGAGUUUAUAGCUAUAUUGUCUCAAGGCCUCAGCCUAGAGGUUUAAUAGGUUGGAGUUACUAUUUGAUAAUGCUCCCCUUCAGGUUUACAUAUUACACACUUAUGGACAUAUUCAGCUGUUGCAGUACACGGUGAGACGUUUCUCCAGGACCAGGGUGCUACAUAAGGCAAAGACAGAGCUAAGUCAGUCCUAGCCACAUAAGGUGCCUCUGUGGAACCUUGUGAAGACAGGACAAAAGACAAGAAGACAGUGCAGGACAAGAGGACAGUGCAGGACAAAAGACAAGAGGACAGUGCAGGACAAAAGAACACUUGAGUCCUUCCAUACCGUAGUUUGGGACACGGCCAUAUUUGGGUGUGAUAGACAGGAAUCCAUAAACAUCUAGCCAUAGUGUAUAGUAGUUUUUUUUUUUGUGGGUCAUGAGUUCAAAUUCUAUCCAUGUCCCAGGAUUUGGGUGAGUGGGAGGGACGUUUAGGGGAAUUUAGACUCUUGGAGUUCUUUUUAAAAAUAUUCUUUAAAGAAAAUUAAUUCUUGUCUGGCAAAAGUGCAGGAUAGUGAGAAAUUUCUAUAUAUUCUUUAUAACCUAUCUACAAUUACAGUUUAUUUAGCACAGUGAGUUUAGAACAUCAGGCUAUGGAUUUGAAAAGACGUUUAUUGGCUAUAUCUAACAAAAUACGUGUUUGUACUAGCAGAAUUCUGUGUACCGCAGUGCAUCGUGUAGGUGACUGCAUGCCUAGACAGUUAAGAAUGAUAUCCGUCCUGCUGUCUUAUCUCUAUAUAUCUGAUAUAUAUACAUAUAUCAGAUUUGCCCUGAGAUUUAUUAGGCCAGAUCCACGGGGCCGCGUCACAGAUCCCGUCGGAGACGUCGUCUCCUUUAUUCAUAGUUUUGAAGAGAAAUAUGGACGGUCGCAUCCUGUUUUCUACCAGGGAACAUACAGUCAGGCUCUGAACGAUGCCAAACGGGAACUCCGCUACUUGUUAGUUUACCUUCAUGGAGAUGACCACCAGGAUACUGAUGAAUUCUGCAGAAACACAUUAUGUAGUGAAGAGGUACUGACUUUCAUUAACACACGGAUGCUGUUCUGGGCGUGUUCCACUAGCAGGCCUGAGGGAUACAGAGUGUCUCAGGCUUUGCGGGAGAACACAUAUCCCUUCCUUGCCAUGAUCAUGCUGAAGGAUCGCAAGAUGACAGUUGUGGGGAGGCUGGAGGGACUGAUCCAACCCGAGGAUCUCAUCAACCAGCUCAACUUCAUCAUUGAGGCCAAUCAGACUUACCUGACAUCUGAAAGGCUCGAAAGGGAAGAGCGGAACCAGACACAGGUGCUGCGGCAGCAGCAGGACGAGGCGUACCUGGCCUCUCUGCGCGCUGAUCAGGAGAAGGAACGCAAAAAAAAGGAGGAGCAGGAGCAAAGACGGCAGGAGGAAGAAGCGGCACGACAGACCUGCCUAGCCAAGGAGAGGAGGGAGAGGACACUCGCUGAAGAAAAAGAGCGCAAGUCCGAGUGUCUUCCACCUGAACCGCCUCAGGACGACCCAGACUGCCUGGAAAUAAUGUUCAAGCUGCCCAAUGACACACGCGUAAAGCGACGCUUCCUCUUUUCCCAGUCUCUGUCGGUAAUCCAUGACUUCCUGUUUUCCUUGAAAGAGACACCAGAGAAAUUCCAGAUUGUGAUGAACCUCCCGCGCCGCGUGCUGCCGUGUUUGCCUACGGAUGAGCAGCCAAACCCUCCGACGCUAAAGGAGGCCGGCCUGAACCGCUUCGAGAUGCUCUACGUUCAGGACCUCACAGACGAAUGACAUUCAAGCCAAAAAAAAAAAAAAAAAACCACCACUUCCUCACUCGCGACUGCAUUCGGUUCUUUUCCGUUCAGUUCAGUGAAACAGGCACCGUGUGCAAGGGAUCGCUCGAUUAAAUCUGAUUCAAUUGAUUAAAUUCCGGAUCCCUCCUACCCUCCACAGGUUAUGUUUUAUGUAAGUAUAAGGUGAACAGCCUUGUAAAUACAACCUAGAUAUUUAAAAGACAAGUUUGAAUAUAGCCCAAAGGUUCUUUUGUUUGUUUGUUUGUUUGUUUUUAAAUGCAAAUCAAAAUUGACCAGCUAACAUGCAACGACCAUACGAAGGUUUAUGAACGUUUGUGACUCAUAACAUUUAAAUUCACCUGGAGUGGGCGGAGCCACAGCUUUUCUCUGUGGCCUUGUAGGUUAUAGUAGUAAAGUCUGCCCGUAGUGCGCCUGUGGUCAUUCAUCACCGCCUCCCGUCUUUUCAUCCGAACGGGCUGCUCAUGUAAAGAUGUAAUUUUCCUAUUCUAAAUUAAACAUUUUAAAACCGUU